CUAUCUCCUAUACUGACAAGAACAGACUACCCCAGUGGCAACACAGCAGACACGUCUGAACGUCCAUGCAGCACCAAAGAGGGUGCGGCCUGCUGUCCCGAUAAAUGGGAAUGUCAGGACAAUGGCUUAUGCUAUAACCCUGCAGCGAAGAUCUAUGGUCGAUAUAGCUGCACAGAUAAGAGCUGGAAGAGUCCUUUUUGCCCGUCAAAUUUGUGCACUUACAGCAUGUUGGCUACGGGUGCAGAAGCACUCACCCAAUGUUCCGACCACAACAACCAG